AAUGAAAACGUCAUCAGCUCUACCGCUCCCGCUACAGCCACUCAAGAUGGUGUGCCGGCCGCCACAGCCACAGUUGGCAUCGCCGUCGCUCCUGUCUCCGCCCCCGUCUCCACGUCCCUCACUCCCGUUGCCGCCUCCACCAGCAUUCCCUCCGUCGCUCCAACCUACGUCACCACAGGCACUGACCCCAUCACCUUAGACACACCCUGCGAUGCCUCCGUUCCCACCACGGCCGUGACUUCCCUCCGUCACCAUGUGAACGCGAGCUCCCAGUCUUUCCCAGCCCGUGACACUGCCCUCACACGGGUUCCUGCCACCGAAUCGACCUUCUCCAGUGUUGCUCCCUGCUCCGUCAGCGCUGGUUUCUUGAAUCGCGCUCCAGCGGUCGUCUCGGCUGGCAAUGACCCCUUGAACUCUCACUCAAACCACGGAGCCGUCCUGCCCGUCACGGUCAUCUCACCGCGCCCAGUCGUGGACGCUUCUUCCCAGACUUCCCCAUCCCUUGAAAACUCCCCCGCACUUCACCCCAACAUCUCUUCCUAUCCCACUGUGGUACCCUCCCCCGUCUCCACCAUCACUGAUGGUUCCUCGAAUCGCGCUACAGCGGUCGUAUCGACUGGCGCUGACCCGUUUAACUCGGACUCAGACCACACUGCCGUCCGGUCCGCCACGAUUAUUUCCCCACGUCCAAUGGCGGACGCCAGCUCUCAGACGUUCACAUCCACCUCCCUCGCAGCAGCCUCCACAACCGUCUCCGCCAGUUCCACUGUGGUUCCCUCCUCUGUUUCCAGCGUCUCUGGUGGUUUCUUGAAUCACACCCUAACGUUCGCCUCGACGGGCACUGACUCCUUCGACGUCCACUCAAACCAAGCUACCGUGAAAUCUGCCACGAUCAUUUCCCCGCGUUCAGUCGCGGACUUCUGCUCGCAAACCAACUCUACGUGUCCCACUGGGGCACCAUUCCCCAUCUCCUCCAUCAAAGGUGAUUCCUCGAAUCCUGCUCCGGCGUGCGUUUACGUAGGCACUGGCACCGAACCGGUGCCCUCAGUUUCUCACGCAUCCGUCUCCACCUCAACCUUCAUUCUCUGUCGGGCCAAGGAUGCCGGUUCCCAGACGCAAGGGCACGAGGAGGAAGAUCGAGCGGGUGUUAGUGUCUCUACAGCUGUGAAAUGCGCCCGGCCUGGACGUGAAAGUGCACUGGAAGACACGCCCCACCUCACACACCUGUCGCAGAUUUUGAAGGUGUCCGAAAGCAGGAGCCGAGGGGAAGUCCUAAAACGGGCGGCCUCUCCAUUGUCUCCAGAUUGCCUUCCGAUGAAUGUCUCUUUCACCGCCCCAGCCUCGCCGCAUGGCCCUCGUGAGGCGUCGGUCCAAAGAGAAAUGUUUGUGAAAAGCACUCCCCGUGGUCAAGCGACGCAAUCCAAGGUGCACCGAGAAACAAAUGGAGUGCGUGUGAUUCCAUGGCAGCUGCCUGUGGUGUCUACGACGAAAACGCAGCGCUUCUCGUGGCGGCAGAGAGGGGGCGAGUUGGAUGUGUAUUGGGAGUGGUGGACGAAGGACCAUCUCGAAACCAGCGGGACGACGGUGGCGGCGCUGACGGUGGCGGCGCAGCGCGGCCACGUGGGGUACGUGCGGGCCCUGCUGACGGCGGCAGCGGCUGUCGGCGCGGCGGGGGCGGCGGCGGCGGAGGAGGACGAGGACGGGUGGACGGCGCUGCACUGGGCGGCGCAUUGGGGCCACGCGGCCGGGGGCGUGGUCGACGGCGGAAGCGGGUGGCGGCCGCUGCACUGCGCGGCGCUUGGCGGCCACUGCGCAUGCGCGGGCGAGCUGCUGCGCGCGGGCGCGGACCCCACACGGCGCGCGGCGAACGGCGCGCGCCCCGUCGACGUGGCCGCCGGCGACGACGUGCGUCGCGUGCUGCUCGAAGCGGAGGACGCCGCGGCGGCGGCGGCCGGAACGGCCGGCCGGAAAAAGCGCACGAAACAA